AUGGAUGUAGGGAUUCUUUCUUUGGAGGUGAUUCCAAUGGGAGGGAACAAAGUGUUCAUUAAAGUUCAAGAAGAGGAAGAUUUUCAUACGUUGUUUAAGGAAGCAAAGGAGUUUUUCCAAUACUGGUUCACAAAAGUAGAGGAGUGGUACCCAAAAGCAGUCAUGAAUGGUAAGAUUACUUGGAUUAAAAUGUACGGGGUUCCGAUACAGGCGUGGAAUCAGAAGUUCUUUGAAAAAUUAAUCAUUGGCAAAGGGAGUUUGGUAUUUGUGGGCAUUGUUACAGAGAAGAAGAGAAUGUUUGAUUACGCACGAUGUCUCAUAAGAAAAACAUCAAUGGAGUCUUUAAAUAAGGCUGUCCAGGUCAAGGUGAAUGGGCAUAUUUACAACAUCAAAUUGAAAGAGGAAGAAUUUAGUUGUCCAGUAGAUAUCCAAACUAUGAAUCAAUCAUUAGAAAAUGAAGAUUUUGAGUCAUAG